AUGGCUUUUGAUAUGCGUUCAAACAUGUCUCCUUCUUUGGCAAAGAAGGUUGUCGAUGAGGACAUGUCGGACGAUGAGUUUGAUUUUGACGAGGAGUAUUUCAUGAGGACGUACAAGCCGCUUUCGAACUUGCCUACGCCCCCGCCGUCUUCACAAAAUUCCUCGGCCGCUCUCAGUCCCAUGUUGUUGGAGAUGCAGGAUGGUGAAAUGCGGGACCCAGCAUUCUUUGGAGCUGCUGUUCAUCUGGUCAAUCUUUUGCCUCCAGCCGCCUCUCUGGCAACGCCGUCGGUUCCCGUUGUCCAUGCCAUUCUCACCCGAUCUGACUUGCCAUUGCAUACUGUGGCUUUAGCCGUGUGCAUUAUGGACUCACUUGGCAGCAAGUUUCCUAGAGCUUGGAGGACAUCAUGUCCCUUGAUGCCUAUGGGCCCCGACUCCGACUUCGACGUGGAUCCUGAUUACACGCACACGAAUGGGCGUAUGGAACAGCGCACGCGUCUACAGCACAUCGACUCGGUCUCGCCUGAAAUCAUUGUCCUCGCCUCGUUGAUCAUCGCGGCCAAGUUCACCGACGACUCCCAGGAAUCGACCCGAUGGUAUGCUGGGGCUUGGGGCAGCUGGAUGUGGUCAUGUGACCAGAUCAACACGACGGAGCGAUGCAUCAUGGAGAACCUGGGCUACCGCAUCAUGCCCUUGACUGCCCCGGACAUCCUCGAGGAUGCCAUCACAGACAUGGCCAGAGCCGCGAAAUCGGCAACAGGCCGCCCAGGCUGCGGUAACAGCAGCGGGUCGUCGUCGUCAUCAUCUCGGGGAGGAUACGCAACACCGGUUACACCCGCCAGCAGCUGCGAUGAUGGGCAGCUUGGGGGUCACCAGUAA